AUGACGGAGGUGGAGCCCGUUUUAGACUUCGCCUCUUCGGGACGAUCGGGGAGGAGGAACGCCCUGCCCGACAUCCUGGGCUCCCCCGCUGGAGUCAACCCGGGCGACCUGCCACUCAAGCUGGGCGAGCUGUCCCUCCAAGAUGGACCGGGAGGAGCCCAAUCCCCAGCGUCAGAGGAGGCCAGCGCCCCAGCGGAAAGCGCCCAGGCCAAAGACGGAUCUUAGUCCCCCGCGCUCCUCCUCGCCUGGACCCUCCCUUUCUCCUCGGGUACCCCCCACCUGAGCGGUCGCCAAUUCUAUACCUACAGAACAUGGCUGGCAUUCUGUGAGACGUUUGAACCACGCACUCCCAUUGCCCUUGACGCUGGAGAGUCGGACAAUAAAGUUCCGAGCCGGCAAGAUCCAAAAUGGCUACCCUCGCCAGUCGACACUUGCCCGGGACUCGAUGCAAAGUAGAUUGUACAAUGAACUAUUUUUCUAUUAUUUAAACACGUCGAGCUGCGACAUGUUCGGAUUUCCCUUGGGUCUUGUUCCACUAUGUGAUGUAACUAUGCUUUUACAGGAGAGUGCAGUGCUGCCCCUUGUGGUGUGUUCAACCAGCUACCACUAGCAAAAAUGACACUAUGUUGGAAGUACAUGUGUAUUGUUGAUCCUAUUUUGUACUAUCUGACUGUUGCCGUCUUAAAACCAGGGAUUUUAUGAAUUUAGUAAUGGCUGAAGAUUAGUGCAUAUCUUGAGACAUUCCUUUAGUGAAUAUUCCACUGCCAGUUGCGUCAAACUAUUAUUUUAUAGGUCCAAUAUACACUAAACAUAAAAAAAAAAAAAAAUUAUAAUGUUGUAUCAUCCAAAAACAUACACAUUUUUGUUGCAUUUUGUCCCAUCCCUUUUUGAAUAGUUAUUCAUAUAUUUUACACUUUCUUUCUCCAAAGCUCAAAUAGUCCCCACCACCUUGUGAUGUCAUCAAGUUGUAAACCAGGAAGUGCUUCUCUUUGUUUUGAAAAUCCAUAUAUGUUCACCAGACUUGUUAUGUGUUCCGAGCAUUUUAAUUAAGUGCUUUUCACAAUGCUCAAAAGCCAGUGUAGAGUUUUGCUGUCAUGGUAAAACUAUCAACAGCUGCCAUGCUAACGUGCACUUCCUGAUUAUCAGACAAUAAAACGCUUUAUAAUUAAACAGGCAGCACGCAUGUUUUGACCUGAACAGCUGCUUAUACAGUACAUCUUUACUGGGGCAAGAGAAGUUUUUUCUCAAAUACAUGGACAAAAUCGGGUACAGGGCCUUUAAUCUUUCACUACACAAGCAGGUGGAGUUGUUGCGCCCUCUACUGGUGUAAAAUCAUGUCAAAAUGAGGAACCUGUGGCCUAUAGUUGCUUUCCAUACACAUUUUAUUUGAAUUAUACAACAUGAAAUAUCGAGGCUAAGAUGUCCCCAGAUAUUUGAAUAAUUCAUAAUGUAAGACCUUUAAGAUUUGCUUAUUCCAAAUUUGAAAAAAUGUGCCUAGUGGCAGUUUACAGUUGUACAUGUAAUUGUGUGAAGUACUGUUAUUGACCUAAUGGGCUUUAGAGAUAUCGCCUCAGUGGUUAAAAAUGCUUGUGGACAUUUUUGUAAUCACAUUUGUAAAACAUACUUGUUGACCAUUUCAAGUCGGAAGAAGUAGCUUAAGUCAGUGUUUUCUGCUAACGCGGACACGAAGGAGUUAGCUGUUUUUUUUGGGAGGAAUGAUAAAAAUGAUGCACAUAACAGCCAAAAUUUGUCUAAUGUAAAUAUGCUCUGUUGUGCUCAAACCUUUGUGUUCUACAGUGGCUAAUAUGUCUGUAUUGAGUGUUAUUCACAAUGCAACUUAUGGCUGUCCAAACUGCAGGUCGCACUGUUACGGAGGUGAUGGAGGACGGUGUAUUUUUUAGCGAAUUCUAAUGUCAGUGGUGC